AUGUUCUCCAGCAUGAGGAUAGUUGCCUUUUUGUCUGCGACUAUUCCCUUUGCUGUAGGCGCCGUACCAGGCGCCCCUCUGCUUGAACAUAGAACCCUCUUGCCUGAUCCUGUCUGUCUGCAGAUUGCUGGAGCUAUAUCACCUGCUAGUGAUGUAUAUUAUGUUGGCCAUCCGUUAUACGCCAAGGGUAUAUACCACUGGGCUAGUUCUAGCACUCAAGUGGCAAAGUGCGUGGUUGAACCGGGAACAGCUGCUGACGUUGCUAUCACUCUCGGGAUAUUAGGCAGCACAAGUACCCCAUUUGCAGUGAAAGGGGGAGGCCAUGCAUCAAAUCCAGGUUAUUCUUCGACCGAAGGUGUCAUGAUUGCCAUGUUUCGCUUCUCUGAGGUUACGUACGAUGCGGCAUCACAAACUGCUGUAAUUGGCGCUGGACUAAUUUGGGACGACGUGUAUGCGGCACUGGAACCUUUCAAUGUCAACGUUGUUGGGGGCCGCGUCACAGGUGUUGGUGUAGCUGGUUUCAUUCUAGGAGGAGGCUACUCCUGGAAAACAAAUCAAUACGGAUUGACUAUCGAUACUGUCACUGCAUUUGAACUGGUGAAGCCUAAUGGAAACAUCGUCACUGUAACACAGACAUCCGAUCCAAACCUUUUCUUUGGGCUGAAAGGAGGGUUCAAUAACUUCGGAAUUGUAACUCGCUUUACUCUACAGACCUUCCCUCAAACCCAAGUUUGGGGCGGAUUGAUUACAAUUACCGCACCUUUUAUUCCUCAAGUGGCUGCGGCAACUGCUGCUUUUGGUUCCUCUGUCACUGAUCCAAAGGCUGGAAUUAUCACGACCUAUAACUUCUUGGCCGGUUCACCUGGAAUCUCCCAACUUCUCUUCUAUGAUGGGCCAAACCCUCCGCCUGGAAUCUUCGACGACUUCCUCUCUAUCCCUUUCUUAACUAAAGAUGUGAAAACGAGGAGUUUCAAGUCUCUUGUUCAGUCAUCCCCAGCUAAUGCUACGGCUGGUACUCGUCAUAACUUGCAACCCACCGCAUUCCCACCAGUUCGCUCGUUAGGCCUUUUACCAUUCAACAUCUAUUACGCUUGGGUGUCAUCGAUCUUUGAUGAUGAUUUCCAUGAUGCUGCUAGGCAGAGUGCUGCCACCGUGUACAAUGCUGCAAUAUCUGAGGGGCAAUCCAGUCUUCAAGGUGCUCCUGUCUAUCCAAACUAUGCUAUUUUCGAUACCCCACUUUCGGACAUCUACGGCAACAAUCUUCCUGCCCUUCAAAGCUUGAAAGCCUCAGUUGACCCAAAUAAUGUUAUGGGGCUUGCAGGAGGUUGGAAACUAUGA